AUGCUGAAGAUCCUCACCAAAAAGCUCAGGAACCAGACUUUGAAUGAAAUUCAACCUUUCCAGCUGAAGAUCUCCUACCCCCCAAGUGAUGAGGACAGCGACGACUCUGAGGGAGAGAACCAGGAACUUGCUCAGAUCGACAGAGAGAGAAGACGGAAUUGUACCUUGACCCCUCUGGCCACCAACCAGCUCCAGAACCAGGAGAACCAAUGCUGCAAGGUUCGGGCCCUCUUCCAUGCCAGCCUUGACCGCCACAGCUCGGAAGAGGAGCUGGAGCGCAUCAACCGAGAGUUUGCUGCUGAGAAGCGAAAGUGGUCCCAGGUCAGCAGGCUUGCCUGCUGCAGCGACAGCAACAACACCUCCUCCAGUGACGAAGAAGUGAAGAACUUGUGCGCUAUGUCCUUCCGGCCUGUGGCAGAGCAGGCCGAUGGCCUGCAUGCCAGCCCAAGCCCCGUGCUGUUCAGUGCCUCCCCUCCCAAGAGACUCCAGCCCCUGGUGCGGAGCCCAGCCUCCAGACCUUUAAUCUUCACAAGUGUUGGGGCAGGCCUUGAGCAAGUCAUGCCUUGUAAGAGACAUCGACAAGGAUACGGGGAUAAGGUCAGCAGGCCCAGCCUUGACCUGGAAAAAAUGCAGCAG